AUGGCCUCAAGUGAAAGUGACCCUAUUAAUGGGGGAAAUGCAAACCACGAAUCCGAGGUCACGCUCGAAGAAAUGAGGGCAAGGAUUGACGCAUUGCGUAGCGACCCUGUUUUUGGAGAUGCCACCGGAGAUGCUAGUGAUAACCGAAUGGAUUUAAUGAGGCUGAUGAUGAUGGAGCUUUUACAAGGAAAUCGACAAAGGCCUAGGACUGAACAAGAAGAGUGCUCAAACAUGUUCAAGAGGUUUUCGGCUCAUAAGCCCCCAACUUAUGAUGGAAAGCCAGACCCCACUGAGUUUGAAGAAUGGCUCAACGGCAUGGAAAAAUUGUUCGAUGCCACCCAGUGCCCCGAUAAGUGGAAAGUUAACUUUGCAGUCUUUUAUCUGAAAGGACAAGCUGAUCUUUGGUGGAAAACUGCCAAGGAAAUGCAACAGCAUCCUGGAUUCGGAUGGGAACAUCUAAAGGAGGCCAUGCGCAACCAGUUUUACCCUCAGUCAUUGCAACUCCAAAUGGAGUCGGAGUUUAUUCAUUUGAAACAGAGGAAUAUGACAGUCUUGGAAUACGCAGUGAAAUUCAAUGAACUUGCUCGAUUCGCUCCAGACUUGGUUUCCACUGAUCGUCAACGGAUGAAUCGUUUCGAAGGAGGUCUAAACGUUGACCUUCAGGAGAAACUAGCAGCACAUAUGAGCAAAUCCUAUCAGGAAUUUAUGAUAGGGCCAUCAAUGUCGAACGCAAGACGAAACUUAGAAAGGAGUGUUUGA